UGGCGGCCCCCAGCCCUCAGCUCAUUCCGUUUUCUCGAAGGCGCUUAGCUGCUCGCUCACGCACGCGCAAGCCUUGCAGUUUCUGGUUCCGUCUAGCUGCGGACUGUACCAAGUAAACCCGGACAGCGAGGGGCAAAGCCCGGAACCCCCUGCGCGGGCCUCGUCGAUGGCCCGACUCACGGAGCCCCUCUUCCCACCGAGCGAUGGGAAUGGUCCAUCUCGCGGCGCAAGCGCCCUAGGCUCCUCUCGCCGCUUUGCACUCCCUCCUCCCCGACUUGCAGCGCAGGCGCAGAGCCCAGGCGUGCAGCCGCCGCCGCCGAGCCAGAGCGGGGGCCGCUAGCGCCGCAUCCCGCUCUACUUGCUGACAUCCUGCACUGGAGAACUUGUGACCAAGGUUUGGCUGUGAAGAGCUGGCCGGGGAGGAACUCUGCCUAGCUGCUCCUCUGCUCCUGUCUCCUGUCCCCUCCCCUGGCCAUGACAGAGACCCGUGAGCCAACUGAGACUGGGGGCUAUGCCAGCUUGGAAGAAGAUGAUGAGGACCUCUCUCCAGGCCCUGAGCAUUCCUCUGACUCUGAGUACACUCUCUCAGAGCCAGACUCCGAAGAGGAAGAAGAUGAGGAGGAGGAGGAGGAGGAGGCUACUGAUGAUCCUGAAUAUGACCCUGGCUACAAGGUGAAGCAGCGCCUGGGGGGGGGCCGGGGGGGCCCAUCUCGCCGGGCCCCCCGUGCAGCCCAACCCCCAGGCCCCCCAGCCCAGCCCUGCCAGCUCUGUGGCCGCUCACCCCUUGGGGAGGCCCCACCAGGCACCCCACCUUGCCGGCUCUGCUGCCCUGCUACAGCCCCCCAGGAAGCUCCAGCCCCUGAAGGCAGGGUCCUUGGGGAGGAAGAGGAGGAGCCACCUCGGGUUGGGGAGGGCCGACCAGCUGGGAGGGAGGAGGAGGAGGAGGAGGAAGAGGAGGAGGGCACUUACCACUGUACAGAGUGUGAGGAUUCCUUCGACAACCUCGGGGAGCUGCAUGGGCACUUCAUGCUGCAUGCCCGGGGUGAGGUUUAGGCAGAGAUCCCACCCAGGGAGCUUGGCAGAAGGGGUGGGGUGGGAGGAGGGGGUUGAGGAAACUGGGGUAGUCCUAAUGGUCAUGGGGGAUGGGGGUACCGCCGAUGUGUGUCGUCUUAGCAGUAGAUGUGUGAAGGCCAGAAUAAAAGCCAAAUUCUGUGUGUGUCGGUCCAGCAUGUUUGGUAUAUGUGUGUGCAUGUGUGUAUACACUUGAGUGUGUGAGGCAUGGGCCUGGGGACUUAUUUCCCCCAUCCCCUGGGUCUCCUCCCUGGGGGAACUGUAAGAGCACGGUCACCAAGACUUUUAACAUUUACUGAAUGCUUCUGUGGUUUCCAUAUAUUUACUCAGAGACCCCAUGACGUGCGGGCUCAACUCAACACAACGAAGUUUCACACUGACGUAAUAAUGUUUCAGGUUGGUAGGCAACCCUUCUCCACACAGUGAUUUGAGGACCCAGGCCAUCCCUUAGCCUACUGUCAUCCACAUGGUCCUGGCUGAGUGGCCAUGACCUGGGUCCUGCCAUGGUGGAAGAGGACGGUG